ACCAGAUUGAAGCACUCACAAACCUGCUUAACACUGAAAUACAACAAGCCAACAGCAGAAAGACGCAGUCAUGAAGGUGUUUGUUGUACUAGCUGUCGCAGUGCUUUCUGGCUGUCAUGCCAACCUCUUCUAUGCCGAUGCACCCAAGCCACAGCUGGAAGUGCUGACGGAUGCUUUCUGGGAUUACAUUGCCAAGGCCACCCAAACCGCUGAUGACACCCUUCAGAUGAUCAGGAAAUCAGAGUUUGGACAGGAAGUCAAUGCCCGCCUGGCAGACAGCACUGACAUAGCCAGCCAGUAUGCAGUCACCCUGCAGGAGCAACUUCCUCCAGGUGCCCAGGACCUGGUGACCAAGAUCACAGCAGAGGCUGAUGUGCUGAGAAAUGUGCUCACCCAGGAGCUGAGCACUGUCAGGGAAAAGCUGGAGCCCUACACUGAGGACAUGAAGACCCAGAUCCAGCAGAGAGUGGAGCAGCUAAAACAAGAGCUGGCCCCUUAUGCAGAGUCCAUGGACUCAGAGGCACUGAGGACCACCCUGAUGCAGAAGAGUGAGGAGCUUAAGACCAACUUGGAGCAGAGUGUGAAGGAUCUGCAGGCUCAGCUGGGGCCUUACACCGAUGACCUGAAGCUGAAGGUCGACCAGCACCUGCAGGACUUCCAGGAUAGCGUUGCCCCCAUGACUGAGAAGGUCCAGGUUGAGCUGAGUCAGAGAGCUAAUGUGGUGAAACAGAUGGUAGCCCCCUAUGCGGAAGACCUGAGGGAAACGCUGGACCCCUAUGCUCAGGACCUCCAGGCCCAGCUGAUGUCCCUCUAUCAAUCCUUUGUCAAAGGAAACUAAGUCAACCUCAAAUCCUGCUCCAUCAGUUAUUAAGAUGCUGACCUUGUUGGGUCUACCUCUGUUUAAAGCAUGACAUAUCUGAAUUGUACUGUAAACAAAAUUCAACUAAUAUUUAUUACAAGGUGAAACGCAAACCUCUGCACUUUUCCAAAAUGUAAAUACUAAGUUUGUAUUGUGUGUUGUGAACUUGGAGACUGUAUUGUAAAUUUUUUUGAAAUGACUGUAAAUUGACACAAAUAAAUAGAAGAAUCUGGAAAAUGUA